AAGCAUCGCCUAACUGCUAGUCUAUGCAACAAACCUAACAGCUCUACUGAAUUAAAAAAAAAAAAAAAAACGAAUUUGUUUUUCUUCAGCUGAAGGUUAAAGCUUUUCCCUCCGAUUUCAUCUCCCAUGGCCUCCAAUGGAGCUUCUACGGAACAAGGAGUUAGGGAUGCUACGGAGAACAGUUUGGAAAAGAUCAAACGGCAGCUGGCCUCUGGCUCUGGUCGGAACUUGCUCCAAGGUCCACUUCUCAAGCGAUCUGAGACCUUGAGGAAAUGGAAUGAACGGUGGGUGAUAUUAGAUCCCACAACGGGGAAAAUGGAAUACAAGACAAGGAGGAAUGAGCCAAGUAUUAAGGGAACCAUUACAUUUGAUGAAAACAGCACCAUUACCGUAUCUCCUGUUAACUUUCAUGGACUUCCAAAGUAUGAAGGCUGCUGUUUCUAUAUUGGGACUCCCCAGAAAAAGGACUACUUUCUUUGUGCUGAGACUCCUGGUGCUGCUAGAGCUUGGGUAUCAACUUUACAUGCGACACAGUUGGUUCUAAAGGCACACAAAGAGGCCGUUAAUUCCUUAAGUGGGAAUGGUUCUGCAAAAUUUGGUACGGUUGCAACAGUAGUUGCUGCUGCCAAUUCAACAGCCAAGGAAUGUUCUAAAGAAAUUGAAGCAGCAAUGCAGAUUUCUUUGAGAAAUGCCUUAGGAUUGGUCACAAGUAGACCCACUGAUGGUCCAAUGGAUGAUCUUACAAUUAUGAAGGAGACACUAAGAGUCAAGGAUGAGGAAUUGCAGAAUUUGGCUCGAAAUCUUCGUGCUCGUGAUUCAACAAUAAGAGAAAUAGCAGAGAAACUUUCAGAAACUGCUGAAGCUGCUGAAUCUGCAGCAUCUGCAGCUCAUACAAUGGAUGAACAAAGGAGAAUUGCUUGUGCAGAAAUUGAGUGCUUAACAAAAGAUUCAGAAAAACAAAAGGAAGCAUUCAUGUUAAAGCUGAGGGAGUCUGAAGAAAAGCUUGGGGUCCUAAGUAAGGAAAGAGAUCAAUUGAUUAAGCAGAGAGACUCUGCUAUGCAGGAGGCACAUAUGUGGCGCACCAAGCUUGCAAAAGCUCGUGAGAGUGUUGUGAUAUUAGAAGCAGCAGUUAUGAGAGCAGAGGAGAAGGUCAGAGUUGCAGAAACAGAUGCUGAAGCAAGAAUAAAAGAAGCAGCACAGAAAGAGGCAGCUGCUGUGAAGGAAAAGCAAGAACUUUUCGCAUAUGUGAAUGUGUUACAGGCACAUCUCCAAAGACAACAGAGUGACACGAAGCAAAUUUUCGAGGAGAAGACCGAGUCCUCAAAUACAAGUAACAGUCCACCUGAUACAAAGGAUGUUGACUUGUCAGAGAAUGUUGACAAAGCUUGUCUUAGUAUUUCUAGAGUAGUCCCAGUUCCUGGGGAGAGUGUAGUCCACAUGGCAGUGGAUCAAGUAAACAUCCAACCGGUUGGUGAUGGUGAAUGGAGUGAUAUUCAGACAACAGAGGCAAGAAUAGCUGAUGUAAGAGAGAUAGCCACUGAGACAGAGGGAAGCAGCCAUGAUAUUUCUGUUGUUAGCCAAGCAAUUAAUAACCACCACCAGCCUUGAGAAAGUAAUCAAGCUUACUUACAGAAGUGUAAAGAUUCUUCAUAUAUUUUAAAAUUUCUUCCUCCCUCUCAUGAGUUCCUUAAUUUUAUCAGACAAGCAUGUCAAUGUCUUUCCUUUCACCUGGAGGAAUACUUGAAUACAAGCGAGCCUUUGAAAUCAAGUACAUGGAGCCUUGUAUUGAUUGUAAAUUUGACAGAAUUCUUCAAAAAAUGGCCAAUAUUUUGUAGCAAAAUGUUUUAACAAUCAGGUUUUGUCACAAAAUAGAGAAAAUAUUUCAACGUCAAUAAAAUUAU